GCGCUGUCAAUAAAGUUCAUUCAAACACUGCGCUGCAGCUAUGGCGGCUCCCAUGUCGUGGAGGAGGCUGGUGUCCUCUCCGGCCAUCGCCGGGGUUUUUACCCGAAUAUCAGACCGGCUGUUUCGUGCAAGGGAUAGAAGAGGAGGCUCCUCCGUUCUCCUGCUGGCUCCUCUUCUGGCUGAAACCGACCUGCCUCCCCGUCAUGUCUCCAGGCCCACCGGGUCCGCCGGAGCUCAGGGCACCGACGGUCUCUGCAGCCACUUCAGAUGGAUGGCAGAACACGUUCCGGCCUUCAGGGUACCGGGAGCCCACGUCCACAUCCUGACCUCACCUGACCAGUUCUACCAGACCAUGAAGGCUCGAAUCAGGACGGCUCAGAGGCGAGUGGUGAUGGCCUCGCUGUAUCUGGGGACGGGUCAGCUGGAGCAGGAGCUGGUGGACUGCAUGGAGGAAGCGCUGCAGCGUUCACAGGAAAGCAGCCGAUCCCCCGACCUGAAAGUCUCCGUUUUGCUGGACUACACUCGCGGAUCACGAGGGCAGGUUAACUCGAGGACCAUGUUGCUGCCUCUGCUGCAGCGCUUCACGUCUCAGAUGCGAGUUUCCUUGUACCACACUCCGGACCUCAGAGGGCUGCUGAGGCUUCUGGUGCCGCAGCGCUUCAACGAGACCAUCGGAGUCCAGCACAUCAAAGUCUACCUGUUCGACGACAGCAUUAUCAUCAGCGGAGCCAACCUGAGCGACUCGUACUUCACCAACAGACAGGAUCGCUACGUGCUGCUGGAGAACUGCCGGGAGGUCGCUGACUUCUUCUCCGAGCUGGUGGAGGCCGUGGGGGACGUCUCCCUGCAGCUUCAGCCCGACGACUCGGUCAGCAUGCUGGAGGGGAUGGUGCACCCGUACAAAGGCAACCGGCAGGACUUCUCGGCGUCGGCGAGGGAACGCAUCAUGGAGGUCGUGAACACGGCACACGUGAGGCAGCGGUUGCUGAGCCGGUCGGAGGACUCUGAGGACGAAGGCCUGAGCAACGGGGAGGAGGACACCUGGGUGUUUCCUCUGGUGCAGAUGAAACCUCUGGGCAUCCAGGUGGAUGAGCAGGUCACACAGCGGCUGCUAACAGACGCCGGCCCCGACUCCACUGUGUUUCUAACAUCAGGUUACUUUAAUCUGACCCGGGCAUACAUGAGUCUGAUCCUCGGGGCCGGAGCCAGCUACCGAAUCCUCACUGCCUCCCCGGAGGUCAACGGGUUCUUUGGGGCCAAAGGCGUCGCCGGCGCGAUUCCUGCGGCGUACAUCCACAUCGCCAGGCAGUUCUACAACCAGGUGUGCCGGCUGGGCCAGCAGGAGAGAGUCCACCUGCACGAGUACCACAGACCACAGUGGACCUUCCAUGCCAAAGGAGGCUGGAGGUUUUCUUCCUGGAGGGCAAUCAGUCAGACAUGUUGGAGUUUCAUCAUCAUCUCGCUGAGAGUCGACGUCUUCACCGUCGCCUCGGAUUUAAAAAAACAUCCUCAAGAGACUUUCUUUACACACUGGUUCACUCCUCGUUCCUACGUCGUCACGCAGUGGAUUUCUGGUUCUGUGGCGUCACUAACUACAAGCAUUUCAAAGGGACUCUUCCUGUCAGCGUUCGUACACCUUCAGAGGUGCUGCAUGCAGUAAAAAUAAACGGAGAUUGAACGUCUCUGAUGUAAUGAAAGCUGUGAUGGUAAACAGAUGGGUGUGGUGACGAGCCACAAUCCCUGAAGAGCCUUAAUGACCAUUUUUAGGAGCUCUUACCAUGUUUACAGCUAAGUUAAGUGUACAGUCUAUGUGUUAUUAUCUUUGUAAAUUAAAGGACCAUGUGGUGAGUUUUUAACUGA